AUGGUCUCCUUUAGCUGCGAGGCCUGCGGCGACGUGCUCACCAAGAAAAAGCUGGAUCCCCAUCGCAAUCAAUGCUACGGUGCCACGUAUACCUGCCUGGAUUGCAUGGUCCAUUUCUACGGCACCGACUAUCGCUCCCACACCUCGUGCAUCAGUGAGGCGCAAAAGUAUCAGGGUCAUCUCUACAAGGAAAAGUCCGCGAAGGGGAAUAACAAGACCAACACCACCACCAACAACAACAACAACAACAACAACAAGCGCAAAUCAAUGGAGGGAAUGGUGCCUCGGGGCGCCUAUGUCGAGGAUGCGCCCGAAGGGGAUGAGAUGAACAUGAUUGCCGUCAUUGAUGUCCCUCCUCGCGCCCCAACUCCCCCUCCCGCUCCGGAUGCGUUGGAGAACAUCAACGUCUUUGACUUUCUCGUCAGCGAUGCCACGCCCAAGGGCGCCGUGCAAGCUCCCGAAGAGCGGAGGAGGAUCGAACACACGACCCCAUCGGGAGAUUCGCAAUCGCAAUACCAACACGUCCCCGGCGCAUUCAAUUCCCAGGGAUGGUCGUAUGGGAAUGCGCCCAUUGAACCCUCCUUCCAACGCUGGGACUCGUACAACAACCUCACCGCCGAUUCGCAAGAGACGCAAGCCGGGAGUCUGAUGCCCCCUCCCAACUCCUUCAUCACCCCGGCCUCCAAGGAACAGCGAAAGAAGGAUCGCAAGGCGGACAAGAGCACGGACAAGAAGCGGAAGAGGAUUGUCGAGGAGCUAGAUCUCUCCACCGCCAAACGCCCACAAUCGAGGGAUGAACACAUGGAGGAUGUGGGAGGACCAUCGACCACCAGUAGGAGAGUGCUUCAUUCCGGCCUGACCGGUGGAUUGACCCGACUGGUGACGGAUCCCGACUUUUAUGAAGAUCGCAUCGAUGCCGGUCCCACACCCAUCAGUCCCAUCAAGCGGAGAAAGGAAGGUCGUGGGGAGAAGGAGUCGACGAGAAAGGUGUCGGGCAGUUCCAAACUCACCUCCACCACAACCAAACACAGCCAUCGCGAUCGUGAUGCUCGUUCGAGAAGUCCCGAGCGGGGGGGGGAUCGGGAACGCAGACAUCGCAGAUCCCAUCAUCGUCAGCGUUCCGCUUCCGUGUCUUCGGUGGAGGAACGAAGGAGACCUCCGCCGCGGGGACAGGAACAGAGAGCGUUGGAGUAUCCCAUUGAUCGUCCGUCUUCCGUCCAACCCACUGCGAACAAUCAAUUGAUGGGACCGAACGACCGGGCCGAUCACUUCUUGUCUUUCAUCACCAAAGGACCGGAGAGUGAGCGCGGGUGUUCCAUCAACAAGAUCUUGAAGAGGUAUCAUCGCGAGAGAGAUGUCCGAGGGAGUGAGGAUAAGGAGGACGAGGAUAAAGAGUUGUGGAAGGGAUUGCGGUUGAGGAGGAAUUCUCGCGGCGAGGUGGUUGUUUUUGUUUGA